UUCAAGUUAAAAGCCGAGCGUGAUAAUCUUGCAUAGAAAUGCAUCCCUUACAGCAAAACAGCGGCGGCGGCGGCGGCGAAAGGAUGAUCUGUUUUUCUUCUAUUUCCCACGAACAAAAAAGUAUCCCAGAGGAUCUGAUCCGCACUACUCAUGCUUCAGUAGUACAAUUUGAGGACGGCACUUCUAGUUGUAACACUUUCCGCAGCAGCUGCAGCAAUAAUAUUAUUAUUGGAAAAGAUUGGAGGAGCAGGAAAUUGUUAGCAACUAAUUUGGAUGAUAAAAACAGCUACUGUGGCAAAUCAUCAUUUAGUGACGGCAACAAUAAGAAGGCGAUCCACAGAGAUGUCGAAAGGGAAAGAAGGAAACAAAUGGCCGCCCAUUUUUCACUACUGAGAUCCCUAAUCCCUUAUGAAUUUCUCAGGGGAAAGCGUUCGACAUCAGAUCAAAUGAACGAGGCUGUGAAUUAUAUCAAACACUUGCAGAUGAGGAUUCAAGGAUUGGUUUCCCGGAGAGAUGAGCUCAAGAAAUUGUGCAAUUUGAAUUCUUUAGGCACUGGAAAUGGAAGCUUAAAUAAGUGUUCAAGAAGCUGGGUUUCGGUACAACCUUGUUUCGCUGGCAUUCAGAUCGUGGUCAGUAGUAGUAGUUUCAUAGGGGAAAAUUUUCCCCUAACAAGAAUUCUCCAACUACUGCUCGGAGAAGGACUUGAUUUGGUUAGUUGUAUUACUACCAAAGUAAAUGAAAGGCUGUUGUAUACCAUCCAAUCGGAGGUUAGUGAUCCAACAAGCACCAAUUUUUCCCAGCUGCAAAAGAAUCUAAUGGAAGCCAUCUCGUCGUGGAUUCAAUAUCCCGCUACCUAG